UCUGAAUUUCACCGUAGGUCUUCAUCCUCUCUCUCUCUGAGAUUUCUUCAUUUUCUGAUCUUUUUGGCUCUACAGCAAAUUUGUCCUUUUAUUAGGAAAAUUGGCUCGAAGCAGUCAACUAUAAGAAAAAAAAAAUGGGAUUAAUUUCGGGGAUUAUGAUGGGGAUGAUCUUCGGGAUCGGUUUAAUGGCGGGUUGGCAAUAUAUGAUGAGGUAUCGAAGCACUAAGCGAAUCGCCAAGGCCGUAGAUGUAAAACUAAUGGGCUCCCUCAACAGGGAUGAUCUAAAGAAAAUCUGUGGAGAUAAGUUUCCUGAAUGGAUAUCAUUCCCAGUUUUUGAACAGGUCAAAUGGUUGAACAAACAAUUGAGCAAACUUUGGCCAUUUGUUGCUGAUGCAGGAGAAGCUAUUAUAAAAGACUCUGUUGAACCUAUUUUAGAAGAUUAUCGACCUCCUGGAAUUUCUUCAUUGAAAUUCAGCAAACUCUCCUUGGGAACUGUGGCUCCUAAAAUUGAAGGUAUUCGUGUUCAGAGCCUGAAAAAGGGUCAAAUCAUUAUGGAUAUUGACCUCCGAUGGGGUGGUGAUCCCAAUAUUGUUUUAGAAGUUGAUGCAGUGGUUGCUUCUAUACCCAUUCAGUUGAAAGAUCUUCAAGUCUUCACAGUUAUUCGUGUUAUAUUUCAACUAGCUGAGGAAAUUCCUUGCAUUUCUGCCGUUGUUGUUGCUUUACUUUCUGAGCCAAAGCCGAGAAUUGAUUAUACCUUGAAAGCUGUUGGUGGAAGUUUAACAGCUAUUCCUGGACUUUCUGACAUGAUAGAAGACACUGUAGAUUCAAUUGUAACCGAUAUGCUAGAAUGGCCUCACAGAAUUGUUGUACCGAUUGGAGGCUUACCUGUGGAUACCAGCGAUUUGGAGCUUAAACCACAGGGGAAGCUAACAGUAACAGUAAUCAGGGCAACAAACUUAAAGAACCAAGAAAUGAUUGGAAAAUCUGAUCCAUACGUGGUUGUAUAUAUUCGUCCACUGUUCAAAUUUAAGACAAAAACCAUUGACAACAACCUGAAUCCUGUUUGGGACGAGACAUUUGUGUUGAUUGCAGAAGACAAGGAGACACAGUCUCUGUUUCUUGAGGUCUUUGAUGAAGACAUCGGAGAAGAUGAUCGAAUGGGUGUUACAAAGUUGCCUUUGAACGAGCUGGAAGCCGAGACACCAAAGGAAAUUGAACUAAGGUUGCUGCCGAAAUUUGAUAUGCUCAAAGUCAAAGAUAAGAAGGAUAGAGGAACCAUCACUAUCAAGAUACUGUAUCAUGAAUUCAGCAAGAAAGAGCAAUUAGCAGCUCUAGAGGAAGAGAAGAAGAUCAUAGAAGAAAGGAAGCAACUAAAAGCAGAAGGGGUCAUUGGAAGUUCAAUGGAAGCCCUUGAUGGUGCAGCAGCAUUAGCUGCUUCAGGUGCUGCAGGCAGUGGCAUUGGUGCAGGACUAGGUGCUGGUGUAAGGGUAGUAAGAAGUGGCCUAAGCAAAACCAAAAAGUUCAUGGGAAGGACCUUCACUGGACAAUCUACCAAUCAUAAGAAAAGUGGAAGUGGCUCUUCUCCUGUAAACGUUGCUCAAGAUUGAUAUUUUGCACAGCUUAUGUGACUCUUUUUGUACUAUUCAUUUGCACAGCUAUGUCUCCUUUUUGUAAGAUUGAUUAGUAGUGUGAAUUAGAACUUAGUGUAUGAACCGAGAUCGAUCUCAUCAUAUGUUGAUUCAAUGUGACAACGAAGUUUUUGGAAAGAGGGAAAUUAAA